AUGGUAGUAGUCAUAGAAGAAUUGAAACACUUUUCAGCAUUGAUAAAAGAAGAGCUUCAAGGGACGCUUGAAUCUCAUGAACAAAAAAUGGUUGAAAGAGCUGCAAAUAAGUUGAAAAGUGAUGUGGCGUUGCAGACGCGAUCAGCAAGAAAAAAUAAAGGCAAAGGAAAAUGGUUAAAAAAUAAAGAUAAAGGAGGCUACAAUAAUUUGAAUGGUUGGGGAAACCAGCAAGAAGAAAAUUUGUCGAAUCAAAGAAGACUCUCAUACCAAAGCAACUACAUAGGUGGUGUUGCAAGUAGAGGAAGAGGUGGUUUGUUGUGGAAGAUACUUGAAGUGUUCCUAGAUAAUAUUAGUGAUUUGCCGCCAGAGCAUGAGGUGGAGUUUGAUAUAGACUUAAUACACGGUAUUAGUCCCUUGUCGGUGGCGUCAUACAUAAUGUUUACUUCAGAGUUGAGUGAGCUGAAGAAACAAUUAGAAGAGUGUCUUGAGAAAACGUUUGUUCGACCAAGUGCUUUGCUGUGGGGUGCGUUAAUGUUGCUAAUCAAGAAGAAAGAUGGUAACAUGAGGUUAAGUGCCAACUAUCGACAACUUAAUAAGGUUACUAUCAAGAAUAAGUAUCCUCUUCCGAGAAUUGAUUAUUUGAUGGAUCAUUUGGUUGGUGCUUGUGUGUUCAGUAAGACUGAUUAA